UGCAGAUUCCGCUCUACUCGCAAUUAGUACUGCUCCCUCGUGUUGGGACGUUAGGAGCUAUUGAACUGAUGAAGUUGUUUUUAAUUAACUGAUCAAAAACCAUACGUCAUGAAUAUCAAAUAUUUACAUAUUUCUUAUUAGUUUGGAGUUAUGUCAUAUAUAAAGCUGUGAAUUAAAAAAAACUAUGUUGAGCUCCACCGCUUCUGAUAAUUUAGCCUGUACUGAUGAAGUUAAAGUUUAUGAGGAUGAGGGGGAAGAAGAAGAACAACAAAAAUCUUCGGAAAACCUAACGGAAGAUAAAGUUAGGUUGGUUAUCGAGAGCGAAACUCAAAUACCAAAACUAUUUGAUUUAUUUGGAAAAAAUGGUGGAGCUUCGUCAUUGUUUAAAAUGCCAUUUCCAACUGAUCCACGAUUGGCUAGUUAUUUUCUACCUGGUUAUCCUGCUGCUAUAGCAGCUGCUAUGGCAGCUAUGAAUGCUGCUUCAUGUUCUCUAUCGUCGUCAUCAUCAUCGUUAUCAUCAACACCUUCACCAUAUUUGUCAACAUGUUGUUCACCAUCACCCUCAUCCUCUUCUAUACCAUCAAUCAUUAAACCGACUUCAUCAAUAUGGAAUAUGAAUUCAGCUGCAGCUGUUGUUGCAGCGGCUGCGGCUGCUGGUACAGCAUCAUCUUUUUGGUCAACUGGGUGUAACACUGCUGCUGCCGCCGCUGUCGGUAGUGGCGGCGGUGGCGGUGGCGGUUCCUCAUCCACUUCGUCUGGUUAUGCAAGUUCCGAUGGUAGUGCAGGUGGUAGUACUACUGGUAUGAAUGGUUCAAAUUGGUUGCAUCAUUCAGCUAUAUCACCAGGGAAUAGUAGUAAUAGUGGUAGUAAUAGCAUAAUAAGUGGUACUAGUAAUUGUGGUGCCAGUUUCAAUUUCUCCCCAUAUCCCUAUCCUCGUCAACAUCAUUUAUUCAAUCAGAAGCAUUAUUUACGCACAUCGAAUGAUGAUGAUUUGUUGAUGUGUAUGAAAAGAGAAUCACCAAAUUUUGAUCGAUCAUUCUAUUUCUCACAUAAUCCUAAUAAUAAUGUAUCAUGUGUAGAAAAUGCACCGAUCGAUUAUAAUUUAUCUGGUCAAAUUUCACAAUUCUCUAAUUUAUACAAUGAUCAUUAUCCAAUGAAGAAUUCUACAAGUUUAACCAGUCAAUUUCCAUCAUGUGUUCCUAAUCCAUUCGGUUUAAUACCAUUUUAUGAUUCAUUCAGAUGUGGUGCAGCAGCAGCCGCAGCCGCCGCCGCCGCUGCCGCUGCUGCUGCAGCUGCUGCAGCUUUCUCUCAAAAAUCUCCAAAUGAAACCAUAGUUCAACAUGAUCAUGAUAUUUUAAAAUUAAAUUCAAACUAUUCACCAAUCAAUCGAAACAAUACAAUCGAUAGAUUUGAUUUAAGUUUGGAAAAUUAUAAAAAUUAUAUGAAUUCAAUGGAUGCUAUGAAUGGUAGUAUUACUAAUACUACUAGUAGUAGUACUUCUAAUCAUACUGUUACCGGUUUACAUCUGAAUAAAUCCAAUCAUUUGUCAUCAUCAUUAUACGCCAACACUUAUCAACCGAAUCCUUCAUCAACGUUGUCAUCAUCAUUGUAUCAUCAACAGCAGCAACAACAGCAGCAUGUUCGUCAACCGAAAGAUUUCCCGUCUAUUCAUAUGAAUCUAUUCAAUUAUCCUUCAUAUGAUACACCACAAGCAACGAAUGGAUUGUCAAUACAAGAACAUAAUCAAUCACCAUUAACAACAUCUCGUUAUCGUUCACUGGACAACUCAAUGGAUCCUCUACCCAAACUCCAAAAUUCAUUAUCCAUAGGAUCUGAACACCUGUCAUCAUCAUUAUCAUCUUUUCCAUUAUCACCGCCGAAUGAAUCUGUUCAACGUAAUCCAGCAUCAUUAUCCUCUCCUGCUUCAACAACAACGACAACAACAACAGCAUCAUCGAAUUUCUAUUCUGUGACAGCUUGUGCAGCAGCCGCCGCUGCUGCAGUUGUAGCUGCAGCUGUCGCCUCUUGGAGUGGUGGUACAAACUCGCCAAAAACAUCAUCUCAUAAAUCUUCUUCUACGUCUUCUUCAAAUAGUCAUCAAAAUUCACCAUGUCCUUCAUUGAAUGCUAAUAACAAUAACAAUAACAACAACAACAACAACAACAACACACUAUUUGCAUUAAGUCCAUCUGGAUCAAUCAAUAAAUCGUUAAUUUUCAAUCACCUACAAUCGGUGAAAUCACCAAACAGUAGCAGUAGUAUGAUACCAUCACCAAAACUAAAUCAUAAUAAUCAUGGUCACAAUCAGAAUGCUAGUUUAUCAUUAUCUCCUGGUGGUAGUAGUCGAACGUCGAAUUCAACUAAUUCUACCGCUGUCAGUCCUUAUUCUCCUGGUAUGUUUGCUGCUGCUGCAGCCGCUGCACAUAUGCAAUUAUUAUCAGCAGCAGCAGCUGCCGCUGCAACAUUCAAUACAAAUUUAUCAUCAUCAUCAUCAACAACAUCAUCAACAACAACAACCUCGUCGAUGCAUCAUCAUACAACUCCAUUGACACCAUCAUGUACAACAGCAACAACAGCAGUAACAACAACAACUUCAUUGAAUCAUAAUGAAUUUGGAUUUGACGAUUCUAUCAGGGAGUUAAAAUCAGUCACCUCAGUAUCAUCAUCAUCCUCUUCGUCAUCCUCGUCUUCGUCGUCAGCUAUUUCUUUGUCGGAUCUAUCUGCAUUGACAUCAAUGCAGAAUAGAAUGAUUAAUCACAAUAAUACUUCACAUAUGAAUACAAAUGAUAACAAUCAUUGGAGACGUCAACAAGCAGCAGCUACAGCAGCAGCAGCUGUAGUAGCUGCUGUAGCCGCCAGUGCUAUGAUUGGCAAUUCAACAACGAAUUCCAAUGUUGUCGAAGCUGAUGUGAAUGUUAGUAGCAGUUGUAGUAGUGUUAGCGGUGCGGGUGCUGGUGCUGGUGGAGUAGAAAGGCGAACACGAAAAAGAAAUACUAAUCAUCAUAUUAUACGACCUAUAUUGGAUCGAACUAAUUCACCUGGACUAUGGUCUAGUCGAAAUCAUUUGUUUAGUUCAAGAUCUCGUGAUCGUCGAAAUUUUGAUUAUGUAAAAGCUUUAACAAAAUCAGCAACUAAUCCUUCGAAUAAUACUACUAAUAAUAAUAACUAUCCUUACAAUAGUCGUAAAACCAUUCCAUCCGAUCAUAAUGAAGAAGUUCUAUCUUUAGAUAAUAAUUAUAAAGAAAAUCUUAAGAAAAAACUAUCCAACAAUCUUAUGUCACCAACAUCCUCAUCAACCUGUUCAUCUAAAGGUAUACAUAUUAAAAAACCAUUAAAUGCAUUUAUGUUAUUUAUGAAAGAGAUGCGUUCACGUGUUCAAGAAGAGUGUACAUUGAAAGAAUCCGCAGCAAUUAAUCAAGUAUUAGGUAAAAAAUGGCAUGAAUUAACACGAGAAGAACAAACCAAAUAUUAUGAAAUGGCUAGACAUGAAAAAGAAUUACAUCAACAAUUAUAUCCAAAUUGGUCAGCACGUGAUAAUUAUGCUUAUCAUGCUAGACGACGUAAACGUCGACGACAUUUAUUUCAUAAACAUGGUCUACAUAUACGUGGAACAUCACGUCAUAUUAUGAAUAAGCCAAUGACUGGUGUAUUACGUUCAGCUGAUAAAUCGUUAUCAUCAUCAUUUUUAUUAAUGAAUAAUUCAACUUUAAUGAUAGAUAAAUCUAAAGUAAAUACAUCAUCAGUGAAUAAUAAUAAUAAUGAUAAUAAUAAUAAUAAUCAUAAAUGGAAUGGUUAUAAAACAUUUCCACUGGAUGAUAGUACUAUCAACCAAUCAAAAUGCGAUUCUUGUAUUCUUGAUCAUUCACCAAACAGUCACAAUAAUAAAAUGCAUUCAACUGAUUUAUUAUCUUCAAUGAUAAAUCAAACUAAUUCCAAAAUACAAACUGAUCAUUUGUCAGAUGAUGCUGGCGGUAAUCAUCCACAUCCUCAACAGCAUCGAGCUCGUCAUCAUCAUCAUCAUCCUCAUCACAGUAGUAGUACUAGUGGUAGUAAAUGUUCUUCUCCACACCGACCUCCAUCUAUAUCACAACUACUACCUGUUAAUACGACUACUACUACUAAUACUGUUACAGAAUUCUCUUCCACUAAUCAACACAUCUCUCUAACAACAACAAAUUCACCAUUGUGUAUGAAAAAACAAAAUCAUUCAUUCUCUAUGCGAACAUCAUCUAUUUCCUUGCCGUCAUCAUGUUCAUCAUUGGCAUCCGCAGCCGCCGCCGCCACUACCACCACCUCUUUCUCAUUGUCAUUGUCUAAACAAACUACUACUACUAGUAGUAGUAGUCUGUCGAAACAAGAUCCCUUCGUAACUAUGUCCUUGAAAGAACAAGAUAGUGGUAAUUUCUUAGGUGCAGGCGGAGGAGUAGUAAGACCUGUGAAAUCAAUGAAUAUUGAUCCAGUUAAUUAUAAAACAUUGAGUAAUGGUGGUGUUGCUGUUGAUGAUCACCAACAAUAUCUACCUAAUAUGAAUAUCGAUUCUCCUCUAUUCUCGCAUUUCUCUACUAUUCACAAUGAUGAUGAAAUGCAUAAAUUUCCACUGAUACAUGGUUUCAAUAAAAAAUCAAAGCCUCAUUUCGAUGCCAGCAGUAAUAAUAGUCGAGUUAAUAAGAUGACCACUUUAACUGGUGAUGAAAACAUUAUAAUCACAAUACCGUCUUCUAUUUCAUCAACCACUGGACUAUGUACACGAAAUCAUCAAAACAAUCGAUUAUACAGUGAUGAAUCAUCCGUGAAUUAUUUCAUGUCUAAUGAAUUUAUUGAUCGUGCUACUACUAAUACUACUAACAAUAAUAAUAGUAGUAUUAAUAAUAAUAAUAAUAAUACAAAAAAUAAUCAUGAUAUAUCGAAUUUAUUACAACAUUCCACCGGUUAUCCAUUUUUACAUUCUAAUGUAAUUAAUGGUAAACGUGAUGCAUUGUCUGCAUUUUAUCCUUCCUCCUCCUCCUCUUCCACCUCCUGCUUCACUUCUUCUUCUUCUUCGCUGUCAUCUUCAUUGAAUAAUUAUCACAAAUCAAUACAUUCCAAAGAGUAUUAUUCUUCAAUGUUACCGCCUAAAUUUACUGACAUGAUUAAUUUAUCAUCAUCAUCAACAGCAGCAGCAGCAUCGUCAUCAUCAUCAUCAUUAGAUAAUGCAGUUCGAAACCCGUCGUAUCCACUCAUACCAACUGAUUAUCAAUCUAAUAAUUAUCGAUAUUCUACACAUUUCAAUCAUUUACCUUAUACAUCAUUGCCUUCAAAUCAUUUAUCUACAUUUCCUGGUACAUUACCUUCACAUUUCAUGUCUAGUUUUGGUCUUGGUAAUAGUAUUAGUAGUAGUACUGGUAAUAGUAGUAGUAGUAGUAGUAGUAAUGGUAAUAAUAAUAGCAGACAUCAUAAUUCAUCAUCAUCAUUAUCAUCUAUAUCAGAUAGUCAUUUUAAAACAAAUACAAAAAAUAAUCAUUUGCCUCAUUCAUCUAUACCGACUACUGUAUCGGCGGUAGCUGCGGCGGCUGCGGCGGCCGCUGCAGCAGCAGCAGCUAUGAAUGGUAAUGAAAUUUCCGGUGGUAAUUUGAAAAAAUGUCGUGCUCGAUUCGGGUUAGAACAUCAGAAUAUGUGGUGUAAACCUUGUCGUCGUAAAAAGAAAUGUAUACGAUUUAUUUCGGAAGUGGAUUCCGAGGAUGCUUCUCAUGGAACAACAUCCUCCUCAUCAGCAUCAUCAUCAACAUUGUCAUCACAGCAUCAACAUCAACACCACCAACAACAACGUCAACAAACAGGAAUUCAUCAUGCAUCAACGAAUCAUCAUUUUGCUAGGCAAAAAUUAACUAAUUUUAUCGAUCCAUUUAUCCAUCCGUUACAUUUAUCACCUCAAUCAAAUAUUCCCAACCAAUCAUCGAAAUUUCAUGGAUUUCCUUCAAGUUUUUUAUGCCCAUCUAUAAGUUCUAAUAAUAAUAAUAAUAAUAACAGUCAUAUAACUAAUGAGCAUACAUUAACAUCAUCUGAUUUAAGUUUACGGUUGAAUCAUCAUCAUCAGCAGCAGCAACAGCAACAACAACAACCACAUCAUCGAAUUCCAGGUUGUUAUCCAAGUAAAUCAUCUGCAUUUAUCAAUCCUUCAAUGUCAUCUCAUUCAAACUAUUCAAUGUUCAAUUUGUCAACAUCACCAUUUCCAUUGAAAGAUUCAUUUCAUUCAUUGAAUAAUAAUUCACUAAUUGACGAUUUAAAUGUUAAACUAACACCAUCAUCAUCAUCAUCGCCGCCAACACGACAAACACCACGGAACUCGUCAUCAUCAUCAUCAUUAUCAUCUAGACUGAAUUCAUAUACUACCGAUGAGUAUUUAUUAAAUUGUCAUGAAUCCAGACUGUCGGCCGCUGCUGCCGCCGCCGGCAACAAUAAUACUACUAAUAAUAAUGUCGAAUUUACUUUUAAUAAACCUCAUCCAAUUGAUUUUAGGAACAAUAAUAAUAAUAAUAAUACUAAUAAGUUCGACAGUAUGAACACAUUUUAUCCUACUAGCUGGUCUCAACAUUCAUCUGCUUUCAAAUUGUCCACAACAACGGUACCGUCAUGUACUGAUGCUUCAACAAUCAAUAUGACCAUGUCAUCAUCAUUAUCGUCAAUUUGUCCACAACCAUUGAAUAAAUACUCUGUAACAGAUUCAAUCAACCAGUCAACUGGUCAUAAUCAUUUCAAUGAAUCAAAUCAAUCUGAUGUACUGAAGAUUGUUACUGCUACUACUAAUACUACUACUACCACUACUACUGCUACCGUUUCAAGUGAUGUGAUGAAUCAUUUGACUAUAAACCAAUCGAAAUUAUCAUCCGAUCAAUUCACUGACCAAUCGAUGUUAUCAUCAUCAGCAUCAUCACUGACAGACAACGCAAGUGAUUCCUUACCUUAUCCUCCUCCUCCUACUACUACUACAUCUACCAAUCUAAUGUCAUGUGCCGUGUGCACAUCGUCAUCUUGUUUAAAUCUUGAAUUAUCUACGACAAAACCAAUGAAUAUGAAUGCAUUUAUUGGUGGCGGUGCUCUUCCAGUGGAAUGUUCGUUGUCGUCGUCGUCGUCGUCGUCGCUGUUACCGUCAUCGAAUACACCAACCUCUACCGUAUUGUCAUUAUCACCAUCAAUAAAAACCAAAUUCAAUGAAUAUUUAGAAAAGAAUAUGAAUGACCAGCCACCACCAUCGAAACGAAUUUGUUGUAAUUCACCACCACCAACAACAACAACAACAACAACUUCAUUAAAGCCAUUGAUUAAUAGUAGUAGUGAACGAUCGGUAGAAUGUUGUCAAUCAAAUUGUCAAAUUAUUCCUAUGACUAAUGAUGAUAUAAUGGAAUGCGAUUCUAACAUUAUUACUGCUACUACUGCUACUACCGCUGCUUCCGAUGCUGUUGACACGAUCACAACAACACAGUGUAAAUAUACAGAAUCAGUUCGAUUCGGUGUAGCUGAUUUCAUGGGGUUAAAUGAUCAUACUGAUAAUAAUAAUAAUGAUAAUAAUGAUAAUAGUAGUUCCAUUGUCAAUAACAAUCAUCAUCCUACUUGUGAAACAAAUCAAUCAUGA